GACGCGCUUUUCACUGGGUUGUUAGAAGAAGUAAACGAGAUUGUGAGAGUCCCUUUCCUACAAGAGGACCUGGUACAGAGCGAGCUUUGUCACUGGCCAGGGAUUCCAACGCUCACUUGUUGAGAGGCUGUUCUCAGAGGGCAGGUCAGAGAAACAUGGCAGCUAGGCGAAUUGCACAGGAGACUUUUGAUGCUGUAUUGCAAGAAAAAGCUAACCGAUAUCACAUGGACCCCAGUGGUGAGGCCGUAGGUGAAGCUCUUCAGUUUAAAGCUCAAGAUCUUCUAAGGACAGUCCCAAGAGCCAGAGCAGAUAUGUAUGAUGACAUUCCUAGUGACAGCAGAUAUGCUCUGGCUGGAUCUGUAGCCCACCCUCGAGACACUGGAAGAGAAAGCCUGAGAGGUGAUGUAUUUCCAGGACCUUCCUUCAGAUCAAGCAAUCCUUCUGUAAGUGAAGACAACUACUUUCGCAAAGAGUGUGGCCGGGAUUUGGAAUUUUCCCACCCUGAUUCCCGAGACCAGGUUUUUGGCCACCGGAAAUUGGGACAUUUCCGUUCUCAGGACUGGAAAUUUGCGCUCCGUGGCUCUUGGGAACAAGACUUUGCCCACUCCGUUUCUCAAGAAUCCCCUUGGUCACAGGAGUAUAAUUUUGGUCCUUCUGCACUACUGGGGGACUUUGGUUCCUCCAGGCUGAUUGAGAAAGAGUGUUUGGAGAAAGAGAGUCAGGAUUACGACGUGGACCGUCCAGGGGAGGCAGACUCUGUGCUCAGGGGCAGUGCCCAAGUCCAGGGCAGAGGCCGAGGUCUAAACAUCGUUGACCAGGAAGGGGCCCUUUUAGGGAAGGGAGAGACUCAGGGCCUACUCCCAACUAAAGGGGGAGUCGGGAAACUUGUCACACUAAGAAGUGUGAGCACAAAGAAAGUACCCACUGUAAAUCGUAUUACUCCCAAAACUCAGGGCACCAACCAAAUCCAGAAAACCACCUCAAGUCCUGAUGUGACCCUGGGGACAAACCCAGGGACAGAAGAUAUCCAGUUUCCCACUCAGAUCCCUUUGGGGCUCAAUUUGAAGGAUAUUCGGCUCCCCAGAAGAAAGAUGAGCUUUGACCUCAUAGAUAAGUCUGACGUUUUUUCAAGAUUUGGGAUAGAAAUAAUCAAAUGGGCAGGAUUCCAUACCAUAAAAGAUGAUGUUAAAUUUUCCCAACUUUUCCAGACUCUCUUUGAACUCGAAACCGAAACCUGUGCUAAAAUGCUCGCUUCGUUCAAAUGCUCCUUAAAACCAGAGCACAGAGAUUUUUGCUUUUUUACUAUCAAAUUUUUAAAGCACUCUGCUUUGAAAACACCCAGAGUUGAUAACGAGUUUUUAAACAUGCUUUUAGACAAAGGUGCUGUGAAGACCAAAAAUUGCUUUUUUGAAAUCAUAAAGCCCUUUGACAAGUACAUAAUGAGGCUUCAAGACCGGCUCCUGAAGAGUGUAACACCCCUGCUCAUGGCGUGCAAUGCUUAUGAGCUGAGUGUCAAGAUGAAGACCCUCAGUAACCCCCUGGACUUGGCUAUUGCCCUGGAGACCACCAAUUCUCUCUGCCGGAAAUCUUUAGCCCUUUUGGGACAGACUUUCUCCUUGGCGUCUUCUUUCCGGCAGGAGAAAAUCUUAGAAGCCGUGGGCCUCCAAGAUAUAGCUCCUUCUCCUGCCGCAUUUCCAAAUUUCGAAGACUCUACUCUGUUUGGGAGAGAAUACAUCGAUCACCUGAAGGCCUGGCUGGUCAGCAGUGGGUGUCCGCUCCAGGUCAAGAAAGCUGAACCUGAGCCAACCCAAGAGGAGGAGAAAAUGGUUCCUCCUACCAAACUGGAAAUUCAGGCCAAGGCUCCGAGUGGUCUGAGUGAUGCAGUCCCCCAGCGAGCAGAUCACAAGGUGGUGGACACAAUCGACCAGCUGGUCACUCGUGUUGUUGGAGGCAGCCUAUCUCCCAAAGAGAGAGCUCUUCUCAAGGAGGACCCUGCUUACUGGUUUUUGUCUGAUGACAGUAGUCUGGAAUACAAAUAUUACAAGCUGAAGCUGGCAGAAAUGCAGCGGAUGAGCCACACCUUGCCAGGAGCAGAUCAAAAGCCAACAGCGGCAGAGUGUGCAGUCCGGGCCAUGCUGUAUGCUCGGGCGAUCCGGAGCCUCAAGAAGAGGCUCCUCCCAGGCCGGCGGCGGGGGCUGCUCCGCACCCAAGGGCUCCGGGGCUGGAAGGUGAGGAGAGCAACCACUGGGACCCAGACCCUCCUCUCCUCGGGCACCAGACUGAAACACCAUGGCCGGCAGGCUCCAGGUUCAUUGCAGGGAAAGCUGUCCCAGCCAGAUGGAAAUGAAACUGCCAAGGACUGCCCGCCUGACCCGGCCGGACCCUCUCCUGGGGACCCCAGCCCAGAAGCCUCGGGCCCAUCCCCCAAGCCAGCAGGAGUGGGAGUCUCUGAAGCCCCUCAGACCUCCUCUCCCUGCCCAUCUGCUGACGUUGACAUGAAGACCAUGGAAACUGCAGAGAAGCUGGCCAGAUUUGUUGCUCAGGUGGGACCAGAGAUUGAACAGUUCAGCAUAGAAAACAGCACUGACAACCCUGACUUGUGGUAUGUAGCCAUCGUGCCCUUUGAAUUUGAACGUGUGUGGGUACGGAUGUGUUUCUUGUGUUUUCCAGUUCAUGAACCAGUUCGCAUCGCCUACGACAGACCUCGGGGUCGUCCCGUGUCCAAAAAGAAGAAACCCAAGGACUUUGACUUUGCCCAGCAGAAGCUGACUGACAAGAACCUGGGGUUCCAGAUGCUGCAGAAGAUGGGCUGGAAGGAGGGCCACGGCCUGGGCUCCUGUGGGAAGGGCAUCAGGGAGCCCGUCAGCGUGGGAACUGCAUCGGAAGGGGAGGGGUUAGGUGCUGACGGGCAGGAGCACAAGGAAGACACAUUUGACGUGUUCCGUCAGAGGAUGAUGCAGAUGUACAGACACAAACGGGCCAACAAAUAGAUGAAACCAUUGGUGAGAAAACUAAGGCUCGAAGCAGCAAUUGCUCUUAAAGCGCCACCUCUGCCCCGGAUCUGCCCUGGAGCCAGUGGCCAAGUAGGUUCGGUGUGUACACGAGAGGCAAGCGUCUCUGCAGCUCUGGUGUGGAGGGUCCGAACGCUGGCUUUUCUUCUUCUUAAAGGAAAAAAGAAUGCGCCAUUUCCGAUCUGCUUUUGCCUUUCCCCCUCUUCCAAAUGCUUAUGGCAGCCAGUCCCCUGCAAGUCUUUCCUGGCUCCCCCUAGGAAGGAUGUGCUGCCCUUGGAAGCACCGGGGCCCUGUUUGUGCUCAGGAACCAGCUCUGGGCGGGUCUCCCGUCGCAGAGAACCUUGCUCUCAGAGGUGCUCUCUUAGCAAACUUGGUGCCCAAAUGAUGACAGAUGGUGGCUUUUCGUUGCUUCCAGGCUGUAAAUAGGGGAUGUAAUCCGGUAUUAGUGAAGUCCGCUCUGGUCCACAGCCUGCGGGUUGGGGCAUGGGAACUCUUUGAACAAGUGGAGAUACUUGAUUCCACGAACGUCGUAUUUAUGGAGGCUCGGCUCUUAAAUGCCUCCCAAGAGACGUAAUAGAAGUUUAGCGACAGGAUAAUAGAGCAGUAUUCAGUGGGGAGGAAUCAUUACGUUGAUAAAACCUCUCUCAAAUUCACAUGUCUCCCUAGAAUCCACAAACUGCAGUUUGCUUUCUUUAAAAACCACAUAUGGAGUCUCUUCUACCAACGGCUGGGGGUGUGAACUCUUCAAGAGGCUUCAUUCCUGGCCUGCGCAGCAGCGUGAAGAAUUGUGUUAUCAGGGCCUUUGUACAGAACAGAAGCAGGGCGGGCCGGCGGCUGCUUGCUGUUUCUAGGCGCGUGACGGCUGCCCUUCAUCUUCCCCCGGCGCACCCUCCUUGCAGCUGCGUGCGAAGUUCUCAGGCCGUGGGGGUCUCGGGCCUUUCUCAUAAAGCAGCAGUGUGGAAGUUUUAAAUCUUUACUCAGAUCUGGGGACCUUGGGAUCCUGCUGACACUGUGAGCUCGGGGUGGGGGGGCCCCCAGCCGUGAGUUACCGUGUUGGCCAAUCUUCCCUUUGUCUUGUGGGGCCCACACCCACCGUCACAGGCCUGUGCUGUGUCUCUUCGUGUCCGGUGGAGCCUCCAGGCUCUCCUUGCCCCUGGUUGCUCCUGUUGCGUGGGCGCCCGGCAGAUCUUUAUGGCCAGGGAGAUGAUGGAGGUGCCUCAGCAAAGUCAAAGCAGCCUGCAGGGGCCGUGUGGUAUAGGGGAACCACAGCUGUAGGGGUUCAGGUUCAUCUCCUUUCUUUCCUAAUCCUUCCAGUAGCUUUCCUUGCUGGCCAUGGGUUGAGCGCAUGGAUGGAACUCUGAGCCAAAAGACAGCCCUUUGGCAGACUGCCUUUGACAGAGUGCCCCAUUGGCCCCGAGCAAGAUGUGGACUCCCCCAGUAGGUUCUCGCUCUUUCUCUGCAGCAUAGAUAGCUCUGACCAUCAUAUGCACGUUGUGCUAGUAUAUUCGUUCUUGGCUCUCUCCGCUUCUAUCUGUAAGUAAAAUGCUUUAAGAAUUCCCAGGGUAUAAGCCCUGUCCCCGCAGCCUCCUGCCACUCUUCCUCCUGGGGACAUCCCGCUUUGAGCUGACCCUGGGAGCCUUUGGCACAUGUCAAAGGGAACACCUCCUUCUUGAUCCUGGAAAGUCCUGUGAGCACUCAGGUGAUGCUUUUCCUGUGGGGCUGGCGUCAUGGGAGCCGGGGCGGAGCCUGGUGGUGCGUCCUCGCACCGGCUGUUGGCCAGGGACCAGGGCACACGGGCCCUCCGCGCUCGCCCUUGCGCUCCCUGGCAAAGGCUGCUCUCAGGGAGUGUGCGUGCGAGCGCGAUGUGCGGUUGCAUAGCCUUGUCAAAGUCACAGUGUCUUUUCUGUCA